GGAAAUUUUAUCUUAGAUACACGCAUUCAGAUGUUUUCAUUUACUUCACCCCCACCAUGUUAGGGAGGAAAAUGUGGAUUGUGUUCAGCGUUAAUUUCAUCUUAUCUUGCAAUCAACAAAACCAAGAUGAAUAAAAAACUUGAAAUCAAUCAAACAACACUCUCCGUGCUCAACUAUGAUUGUCUUCAACACUUACUAUCAUUUCUACCUCUGAUUGAUAAGCUCAUCUUCGCCCACUGUUUGGUAAAUGACAGAGUUCUUGAAGUAGUAUCCAAAAAAGAUACGUUUUGUAUGAAAGAUUGUUUAGAACGUUUAUCAGUGGAUGAAACCAAGCUGAUACUACGACGUUUUGGAUGCCAAAUCAAGCAUGUUUGCUUACAUGAAAUUGUUCCUAGUGAAAAGAAGGACUAUUACGAGUUAAUAGCGACACAUUGCCAUAGCUUGGAAGCCAUUGAGUUGCAUUAUCCAAACUCUGAAUGUGAACUUGAAAUAUUCAGGAAAAUACUAUCAGCCAACAACUCCUUAGAAUCGAUAUGGAUAGAACGAACGCUUAGUGAAUUCCGCGACGAAUUGCUCGCCAUAAUUGGGAAUAUGCAAAGCAUAAAGAAUUUAUAUUUAUCAGAUUUAAAUGAUAUCACUGGAGCACAGAUAAGUCAAUUGACUAACUUAGUUGAGUUAGACAUCAGUUGCUGUAAAUUAUUUGAUGUGGACAAUUUCAUCAAACUCAUGAAUGGGAAUAAUCUUAAAUUCCUGAAUAUAGCGUACUGUGGUCUUCUCAAUGACGACGCAAUUCAAACUUUAGCUGAUACACAACAAGAAUUGGAGCACUUGAUAAUCAGCACGACAAUAUGCGCUCACAACUUUAAACCAAUAGGACAGCUGAAAAAACUUAAAGAAUUCGUUUUGUACGACUUCAAAGGAUACAAACUUAUGGACGCUAUCGAAGAAAUAAAAAAUCACCCUAGCAUCGAAGUACUUAAGAUAAUAAAUGAUUUCCCCUAUUGUGGAGCGACGGGAAUAUUACUGGAUUAUAUUCUGUCUUUGAAGAACCUGAAAGUUCUCUUUUUCCCGGAUGAUGAGGAUCUAAACGAUAAGAACCUUCGAGCGCUUGCCUUGAAUAUACCGGCUCUGAAAAAGUUGCGGAUCCGUAUCGAUGAUGGAGGGAAUGUUACCUAUGAUGGCCUUAUUGAGGUGAUCAGAAACUUAGAACAUCUACAGGAAUUUCAGAUUUGGACUAGUACAAUAACAUUCGAUUCGGAACUACUUCAACAAAUUAUAGACACUAAAAUAGAGGCAAAUCCACAACCACUUAAAAUUUAUUGGGCUGCAUAUACUAUGGAAGAAGACAUCUUGAAUUCGCAACUAUAUCUUGACAAUUUGGAUAUAUUAAAAGUUAUACCCGUCAACAGGUGGGAUGAUGUGGAAAAACUUAUACAUUGGGAAGAUGCCUUUCGAUAGUGGCUACAUUUUUAACAGGAA